AACUGCUCUGCUUUGGAAGGUUUGGUUGCUGCGCGAAGCAGUGAGGAAGAGUCUCUUCUGAGGAAGAAGCCAGUGAGAGGGAAGGAGCCUGGCUGGAGGGACAGAAUGGAUCACUGUACUUUUCCCAGAUACAAUGAAAGUGAAAUUAUUGUACAUGUACGCAACUUCUUGCUAACUGGAACUGAGGCUAAAAACUUUUCCAAAACUGAUUUAUUUCCAAAUGCUAAGCCUGAACUGCUGCAGAUGAUCUUCAUGAGAGUCUUACAAAGUGUGUAUGGAAUCCGUCAAGAAGAUUUCUGCAUGAUUCCAAUGACAUUCGAAACUGCAUAUCCUCAGCUUUUUGAAGGCUUCCUACCCAUAGCGAAUCUGUUUAUUUAUAUGGAACGAUUUUUACCAUUCUGCCGUGUCCAUGACUUCCAGUUUGCUGAUGUCUUAAAUCCAAAAGCAAAGAGGACAGCUCGUUUUUUGAGUGGCAUAAUUAAUUUUCUUUCCUUCCGUGAAUCACGUCUUGAUGUUUACUUAAGUAUCGAGAACACAUACAAAUCAGCUAUGGAGAAAGAGCAGCGACUUGAGAUGGCAGUCAAGGAAGCAACAACAAAGCUGCAGAAAUUUGAUACUGUUCCUCCAGAUCAAGAAGAAGAAUUCAAGGAACUAUCUCAAGAUAUUCAGGAGCUGCAGCAAAAACUCAACCAAGAUUAUCGACAGAAAGCGAGUAAUUUGCAAGAAGAGAUCCACCAAAAGAGAACAGAAGUUGCAGAAAAAACCAAAAAAGUAAAUGAGCUAAAAUUGACCAUAUGUAAUCUAAAAGAAGAACAAGAACAACUGAAGUCAAAGAUAACAGAAUCUCCAGAAGAGCUGGAUCGCCGCAAAGAUAGUUUGAAUCAGACACUUGAGAAACUCAAGAGAGAGAAGCAAGAGGUAACGGAGAAGUAUGAAGCUUACAGAGACCUUGUAGAGCUCUUUCCAUCCUACCAACAGGAGCUCCAGUUGUACCAAAGGAAAAUGCAAAUGCAAGCAACAAAUACAGAUAAAUUUUCAACGAUAUUGGCAGAGAUUCGAAUACUACAGGAUCAAAUAGAGAAUAGCCAGAGUGCAUUAAAGAAUGGCAAGACCGAUGAAAUGUCUUUGAAAAGGAUGGUUACUCUUAAAAGGGAAAAAGUCAACACUCUCAAAAUCAAACUUAACAGAAUACGUGAAGAUACCGAGCAACGCAAGCAGGCAAUAACAGAGGAUUGCAGCAAAUUACAGGAAAAAAGAAGUGCUGUCUGGGAAAAAAUGUCAAGAACUCAGGCAGAAAUCAUGUGUUUCAAAGCUGCUACUCAGGAGCUAAAUGACAAUGCUGAAAAAGAGAAGAUAAAAGCUCAGGAGAUUUAUGCUAGGUUGCGGUCCGGCUUGGGGAAAUACCACGAAAAUCUGCUCACAGUUGUGGACACCUACAUGUCUGCAAGAGAAGACAAAAUUUCUGAAUUAUCCAAGAUGUUUUAACUUAAUGCAUAUUUUGUUGAUAUGAUUUUUAUAAGAUUCACGUUUAGUGUAUCCUUUAGAGUCAUUGAGCCAUGGCAGGAGUUGGAAGAGGGAUACUUGGGGGAGGAGGUAAUGGUCUUAACUGAAAUGUGGGAUUUUGUUGAUUGCUAUUAUCAUGGCUUUUUUUUUUUGUUCUCCUGGUUGAAGGAUUUUAAUGUUUGUAUUCUGCUUGGGUCCACGUUGUGGAGAAAGGCGGGAUAGAAAUAUCAUAAAUAAAUAAAAGAAAUAAAUAUAUUUCACUUGAAGAAAAUGACUCAAAAUAUUAAAUUUUGUGACACAGAAGGGUAAAUCCAAGUCCUGUUCAAUACUGCCUAAGAUAAGAUAGUAUAACUUAAUAAACGUUAAAUAAAAAUAUUUGUUCAUUCUA